UUUUCAAUUUGGAAAAUUCAUUGCCCCAAAAAAAAAAAAAAUGGCUUCUUCAUCGCUCUUACUCUCACCUCUCUCAUCCACAACCGCCAUAGAUAAUCGCGAGCUUUGCUGUAAUUCUACUGCUUCAGCUUUUCUUCAGAAUCCGAAGCUGCUGUUCGCAGCUAAUCCGAGAAGAGUCGCGGCUCGGAGAUGCGGAUUCAAGUCUCCGGCAGCUCGGAAAUCUCUCGACCACAUACCCAAGCAGUUCCGUGAAGAGAAUCUCAAAGAUGGAUUGAUGGAUAAUUUCAAGAACACACCGCAGUAUCUGUACGGUCUUUCACCUUCACAGAUGGAUAUGUUCAUGACAGAGGAUAACCCUGUCCGCCGACAGGCAGAAAAAGUCACAGAGGAUACCAUCUCAUCAGCCAACAAUUACUUGAAUAAUGGUGGAAUGUGGAGUAUGGCUGACGCGAACGAAAGAGGGCCCUCUAAAUAUAGCAUGAGCGUGAGCAUGUAUCGUGGAGGAGCAAGAGGUUCCGGAAGGCCUAGAACUGCUCCUCCUGAUUUGCCGUCUUUGCUUUUAGAUGCCCGUAUUGUCUACCUCGGCAUGCCGAUAGUACCUGCUGUGACUGAGCUUCUUGUUGCUCAAUUUAUGUGGCUGGAUUAUGACAGCCCGACAAAGCCGAUAUAUCUGUACAUCAACUCAUCUGGCACACAGAAUGAGAAAAUGGAGACUGUUGGAUCUGAAACAGAAGCAUAUGCAAUUGCCGACACUAUGGCUUACUGCAAAGCAGAUGUGUAUACUGUAAAUUGUGGAAUGGCAUACGGUCAAGCAGCUAUGCUGCUGGCUCUUGGAGCAAAAGGCUAUCGUGCAUUGCAGCCAAACUCAUCCACGAAACUAUAUCUUCCGAAAGUCAACAGAUCGAGUGGAGCUGUCAUUGAUAUGUGGAUUAAGGCAAAAGAGCUAGAUGCAAACACAGAGUAUUACUUGGAGCUAUUGUCCAAAGGAAUAGGAAAGCCCAAGGAAGAGAUUGAGAAAGACAUCCAACGGCCCAAGUACUUCCAAGCCAAGGAGGCAAUCGCAUACGGUGUUGCAGACAAAAUCAUUGAUUCCCAGGAUGCAGCCUUUGAGAAACGGAAUUACGAGGAUUUGUUGGCUCAGUCGAAAGCCAUGCGAAGAUCGGCUGGUGGAGUUGGCCCACAAGCAGCUCCCUCCGGUUUUAGGUAAAAGUUUACAACAUAUAGAUAUAUUUUUGUUCAGACAGAGGAAGGUUGUAGCCAUGAUUCGGAUGGUACGAUGAUUCUCGUGGUUAGUUGGAAAAUUUGUCUGUAAUCGUAUGAACAAAAUACAAAGCAAAAAAUCUUCAACCUUAUGUCUGAUGGUGCUAAAUUAAGUUCUUGAAAA